UCAAUAUGGCCGAUUUUUACCGGUCGUGUAUUAUUGUAUUUAGGUAAAAGUUCGUUAUUAAUAAUUUCGGCCCGUAAAGUUCUUAAAAUCACUCUAUAAUCGUAUUUACUGUGUGUAAUAGAGCUGAUAGACAAUUAUGGAAGCACUUAUACCAGUUAUCAAUAAAUUGCAAGAUGUAUUUAAUACGGUCGGAGCAGAUGCCAUCCAGUUACCACAAAUCAUAGUUUUAGGAACACAGAGUUCUGGCAAGAGUUCAGUGAUAGAGAGUCUGGUCGGCCGUUCAUUCCUCCCCCGCGGUCCCGGCAUCGUGACCCGACGCCCGCUGAUUCUGCAGCUUGUGUACAGCCCCAAAGAUAGCAAGGAGCAUCGGUCUGCUGAAGAAGGGACUGUAAACUUAGAAGAAUGGGGCAAGUUCCUGCACACAAAAGACAAGAUUUACACAGAUUUCGACCAAAUCAGGCAAGAGAUAGAGCGUGAGACGGACCGGAUGGCUGGCAACAACAAGGGCAUUUGCCCGGAGGCCAUCAACCUCAAGAUUUACUCCACCAAAGUUGUCAACCUUACCCUUGUGGAUUUACCUGGUAUCACCAAAGUACCUAUCGGUGACCAACCAGAGGAUAUAGAAAACCAAAUCCGAAACCUGAUAGUUAAGUACAUAGCUAAUCCAAACUCUAUAAUUCUGGCCGUGACCGCAGCCAACACAGACAUGGCAACCAGCGAGGCUAUUAAAAUGGCGAAGGAUGUGGACCCGGAUGGAAGACGGACCCUGGCUGUCGUAACUAAGCUUGAUCUCAUGGAUGCCGGAACGGACGCAAUAGAUAUCUUAUGCGGGCGUGUGAUCCCCGUGAAACUCGGCAUUAUCGGGGUCGUUAACCGAUCGCAACAAGACAUUAUCGACAAGAAGUCAAUUACGGAUGCUCUAAAAGACGAAGCCACGUAUCUCCAAAGGAAGUACCCGACGAUUGCGACGAGGAACGGAACGCCAUACUUGGCCAAGACCCUGAACAGGCUGCUCAUGCACCAUAUCAGAGAUUGCCUGCCCGAACUCAAGGUCCGCGUGAACGUGAUGAUCUCCCAAUUCCAAACGCUGCUGAACUCGUACGGCGAGGACGUGUCGGACAAGUACCAGACGCUUCUGCAGAUCAUCACUAAGUUCGCGAGCGCCUACUGCUCGACCAUCGAGGGCACGGCGCGCAACAUCGAGACCACAGAGCUGUGCGGCGGCGCGAGGAUAUGCUACAUAUUCCACGAGACCUUCGGUAGAACUCUGGAUUCUAUUCACCCGCUAGUAGGUUUGACGCGCAUGGACAUACUGACGGCGAUCCGCAACGCGACCGGGCCCCGGCCCGCGCUGUUCGUGCCCGAGGUGUCGUUCGAGCUGCUCGUCAAGCGGCAGAUCCGCCGCCUCGAGGAGCCGUCGCAGCGCUGCGUAGAACUGGUGCACGAGGAGAUGCAGCGGAUAGUGCAGCACUGCGGCACGGAGGUGCAGCAGGAGAUGCUGCGCUUCCCGCGCCUGCACCAGCGCAUCGUGGACGUGGUCACGCAGCUGCUGCGCACCAGGCUGCCCGCCACCAACGCCAUGGUGGAAAACCUAGUAGCGAUCGAACUGGCAUACAUCAACACCAAGCAUCCAGACUUCCACCGCGAGGCGGCGCUAGUGUCGGGGUUGCUGCAGAGCACAGACUCCAUCAUGGACGACAGUCCCAUGUUCCGGCACAAGGCAAGAGCCACGCCCUCGCCGGUAUCCACGCUUUUCAAACUGCUUCUGCGCCAAAUGGGUGAAAGAGGGUCCAUCCUAGUAUUCAUGACGAAUGUCUGGGAUGCGUACAACCAGCACGUACCGGCCAUCACGGACGGCCAAGAGCACAAAACUCCGACACAAAAUCAUAACAGUGAAUCUCCCGUCACAACUCAGGUGAACGGCGGGAGUCCGGCCGAGAAGGCGCCGACGCCGCAGAAGCCGGUGAACCUGCUGCCCGAGGUGCCGAGCCAGCAGUCGCGCAAGCUCUCCGACCGCGAGCAGCACGACUGUGACGUCAUCGAGCGUCUAAUCAAGUCAUACUUCUACAUCGUGCGCAAAUCGAUCCAAGACUCUGUUCCCAAGGCGGUGAUGCACUUCCUGGUGAACUACGUGAAAGACAACCUGCAGUCGGAGCUGGUGACGCACCUGUACAAGUCCGAGCAGGCCGACUCGUUGCUCGACGAGUCCGAGCACAUCGCGCAGCGGCGGAAGGAGGCGGCCGACAUGCUCCGGGCCCUGCAGCGAGCCGGGCAGAUCAUCAGCGAGAUCCGCGAGACACACAUGUGGUGAUGUUUCGCCGACACAGAGGACUCUAGUCUGAAUUAGUUAAAUGAGCGUUGCUGGUGUUGUCCCGACAGUCCCCGCCGGCCACAGGUGGGAAUGGCCCCAUC